AUGUCUCGUCAAGACUCCGCCCUCACUGAACACCUCCGUGAAUUGCAGGAGAGAGUGGAGGAACUCGUCGUUCCUCGCCAUUGUUACGGAACGUUUCCCUUGGAAGAAGGUAAAGCCAAGUUGUUUUAUGAGAAUGCGGACGGUCAGAGGAUCGGGCGCAUCGACUUUGCUCAUCCCAACGGCGUUGAUGAUGCACAACUGCAAGACCUUGUCGAGGCUUGCGAGCCUGCCAAAUUCGGCCGGGGCGACCAAGAUGUCCUCGACGAGACUUACAGGAAGGCUUGGAAACUGGAUGCGGCUAAAUUCGCCACGCAGUUUGACGUCGUUAAUUCAGGCAUCUUGGUCACCGUCCGGGACGCACUUCUCCAGUACGCGAAGAGUGCAGAUAUUCUGGAAGCCCGUCUGGACAAGAUGAACAUAUAUGGUCCUGGGUCAUUCUUCAAGCCUCAUGUCGAUACACCUCGCGACUCUGACAUGUUCGCGACCCUCGUCAUCGUCUUCCCGACUGAGCAUAUCGGGGGUGAUCUAUAUCUCUUUGGAAAGAAGUGGCUCUUCGAGUCUUCCAAGAUGGUAUCCAAAGACCCCACCGAUCCUACUCCCAAACUCGCUUUUGUCGCAUUCUACAGCGACAUAGAGCAUGAAGUCGCUGUUGUCGAGUCUGGCUAUCGCGUCACUGUCACCUACAACCUCUACUGUCGCAAGGCGAUGGACCCCGUUGGACCUCUGGUGUCGAUCAAGCCGACCCUGCAGGAGAUACAGAUUCGGGAAGCGAUUCGUUCCAUAGCCUUGAACGAGAGUGCCAUGCCCCACGGUGGAAUCCUGGGGUUUGGGCUCACUCAUCAAUACCCGAUCGAUGUUCGCGCUAUGGAGGGUCUGACCGCGACAUUUAAGGGCGUCCUGAAGGGGUCUGACGCUGUUAUCGAGCGGGCAUGCCGUGCCCUUGGAUUCAAGGUCAAAGUCAAGGCACUCUACUGCUAUCACUAUGGUCCUGACCAGGACCGGCCUACGGAUUCAGCGUCAACCUCCGCCAGGGACGAGUCUACGGGCUCAAAUUCGACCCAAUUUAUACCCCAUCACGUUAGAGGUUCCCUUUGGCUUCUCGGUACCACCGACCCGGUUCCCACCCUUGAUCCCGAGAAUGGGGGAGAGUGGACUGACGGUUGGAGCCCUUUGGAACUAGAUUACGUCCCUGGGAUUCGAGUCAAGCGCCCCAAUUGGGAGGGAUCCGACGAGAGGAGUCGGAUAAGAAGGAAACCGGUCUGGUGGGUUACCAGGCCGAAUUGGCUGAUGGAGAGCCAGAAAGCAUACUUGGCCCAUGGGAAUGAAACCAGCGUCGGAUAUGUCUACGGGACAUUGGUUUUAACCAUCAGUAUACCUGAACCAGCUGCGCGGAAGAAGAUACUGGAUGGAGAAGUGGAACUGGUCAGUGACAGUGAGGACAGUGUUGCCACUGAUAACGCUGCCGGGGGUUAUGCAGAUUCCGAUUAAUCUUUCGUGAAUGGCUGGUCAUGAAACCCGUCGCUAAACCGACUUUGAAUGCACAUUACUUGUGGUCUUGUAUGCCACUUAGC